CAUGCAAAGUAUGCUCUAAAAAGGUGCUUCCUCUUGAUAUGGAUUUUUUUUGAAAGAGCAAUAUCCUGGUAGGCCAUUUCCUAAACAGUUGUGGAAAUGUGGCAAAUGUAAGGAUGAUGUUGAAAGUGUCGUACCAGCGUUUAUGCUGACUUUCCGUGUUAUGGACAACACUGGCGAAACAAAGUUCUUACUCUUUGAUAAGCUUGCCAUGGAAGUUGUAAAUCAAACAGCUGCACAAUUGACUGAAUCUGUGGAAGAGAUCCAAGAUCCAGAUGUACUCCCUCUUCCAAUUAGUAACAUUUGUGGGAAAACUUUUCUGUUCAAGCUAUCUAUUGAGAGUUCAAACAUCGUUUUCAACAGUGAUGUUUACAAAGUUACAAAGAUUGUGACCCAAAGUGACAUGGUCAAAGAAUUCUCAGAAAUAUCCGGAUUUUUGACUACCCCUGAUAUCAAGUCUGAGGAAAUGGGGUUUAUAACUCCCGAUGAACAGGUUCCUAAGAUGUUACUUGACAUUGGCGACGAUGAUAAUUCACCACAGUCAAAAUGGAAAAGCGAUGAGAUAAUUGACUUUGAUGAUCAUAAUGGAGAGCAGUCUACUUCUAAGAAAGCUGCUAAUGGCGACAUGAAGGCUUUGGCGAGUGAAGUAAAGAUUUAUCUGAAGCCUGUUAAGAAGGAGAAAGUUGAUGACUGAAGUCUUCGUUUCUUUAACAAUAUGCAUUCUCCUGCUUGCUUUGUUUUCUAGGAUUUACUACAAUAUCUCAUUGUUUAAGUUUCGGUUAUUUUUUUCCUAGCCCGUAGGAUUUGUCUUUUUCCGUUUUCAGUU